GGCGAGCCCACCGGCGGCUGCAGCGGGCCGGGGAGCCAUGGAGCCGCGGGCGCUCGUCACAGCGCUCAGUCUCGGCCUCAGCCUUUGCUCCUUGGGGCUGCUCGUCACGGCCAUUUUCACCGACCACUGGUACGAGACCGACCCCCGGCGCCACAAGGAGAGCUGCGAGCGCAGCCGCCCGGGCGCCGACCCCCCGGAUCAGAAGAACCGCCUGAUGCCGCUGUCGCACCUGCCGCUGCGGGACUCGCCUCCCCUGGGGCGCCGGCUGCUCCCGGGCGGCCCCGGGCGCGCGGACCCCGAGUCGUGGCGCUCGUUCUUGGGGCUCGGUGGGCUAGACGCCGAGUGCGGCCGGCCGCUGUUCGCAACCUACUCGGGCCUCUGGAGGAAGUGCUACUUCCUGGGCAUCGACCGGGACAUCGACACCCUCAUCCUGAAAGGUAUUGCACAGCGAUGCACAGCUAUCAAGUACCACUUCUCUCAGCCGAUCCGCUUAAGAAACAUUCCUUUCAAUUUAACCAAGACAAUCCAGCAAGAUGAAUGGCACCUGCUUCAUCUAAGAAGAAUAACGGCUGGCUUCCUGGGCAUGGCGGUGGCUGUCCUGCUAUGUGGCUGUACCGUGGCCACUGUCAGCUUCUUCUGGGAGGAAAGCCUGACGCAGCACGUGGCUGGGCUCCUCUUCCUCAUGACAGGGAUAUUCUGCACCAUCUCUCUCUGCACGUACGCUGCCAGCAUCUCCUACGAUUUGAACCGAGUCCCGAAGCUGAUUUACAGCCUGCCUCACGAUGUGGAACAUGGCUACAGCUGGUCUAUGUUUUGUGCCUGGUGCAGUUUAGGUUUUAUUGUGGCGGCUGGAGGUCUCUGCAUCGCUUAUCCGUUUAUUAGCCGGACCAAGAUGGCACAACUAAAGUCUGGCAGGGACUCCACGGUAUGACUGUCUGCGCCGAAGCAGGCUCAGGUACGGAGUGGGUCUGCGUUCCGUUAAGGAGUGGAACUGAGUUCGCAUCGGGGCUCCAAGCACAAAGAGGUCUUCUUCAUUCCAACCUGGCGCCUGCAGCCCUUUCUGGAUGACUGACAGAGAGAACUGUGUAGAACCUCCCAACCUUUCUAAGGACAGAGCGGCUGUGGGUUCAAGUG